AGCCCUUAAACCGUUGGGGACAGGGUGGGGUAAUCCGGAAGUGGGGCGAAAAAAAAGGAAGAGUUUAGGCAACUGAACAAAUUGGGUGAAGAGAAAGCAAGGGGAGGGAAAAAGACUUCAUGAUAUUAAAACUCAUUCAUUAAAUCGAAUGAGAAACCGAACGACUGCUUGAACAUCAAAACGCUUGCUCGAGCUAAAUUCAACUUUAAAAGUCUCUGGCGGAGAUAAUUUAUCUCGUUCCUGUUAUUUUUUUUUUUACAAACACUAUUAUUUUGUAACUAACUAGAUUAAAGAAAGCGACGCUCCGAUCUAAAAGACAAGCGCGUGAACCAUCUGAUCCUCACGUUACUUCCACUCGCUCUGCGUUUGACUUGUUGGCGGGGCGUUGGUGCCUUGGACUUUUUUUUUUUCCUCCUUCUCUUCUUCGCGGCUCGGUCCACUACGCUGCUCGAUUGGAAGCUGAUUUAUUCGACCACACUACAGCUAAAGUAAUACAUUAAAAUGGCCGGAUCCAACAGCAUCGAUGCAGUUAAGAGAAAAAUCAAAGUUUUACAACAGCAGGCAGAUGAAGCAGAAGAAAGAGCCGAGAUUUUGCAGAGACAGGUCGAAGAAGAGAAGCGUGCCAGAGAGCAGGCUGAGGCAGAAGUGGCUUCUCUGAACAGGCGUAUCCAACUCGUUGAGGAAGAGUUGGAUCGUGCUCAGGAGAGACUGGCCACAGCCCUGCAGAAGCUGGAGGAAGCUGAGAAGGCCGCAGAUGAGAGCGAGAGAGGGAUGAAGGUGAUUGAGAACAGGGCUCUGAAGGAUGAGGAGAAGAUGGAGCUCCAGGAGAUCCAGCUUAAGGAGGCCAAGCACAUUGCUGAGGAGGCCGACCGCAAGUACGAGGAGGUGGCACGUAAGCUGGUGAUCGUUGAGGGAGAGCUGGAGCGUACGGAGGAGAGAGCAGAGCUUGCUGAGAGCAAAUGCGCUGAGCUGGAGGAGGAGCUGAAAAAUGUCACCAACAAUCUUAAGAGUUUGGAGGCCCAGGCUGAGAAGUAUUCCCAGAAGGAAGACAAGUAUGAGGAAGAAAUCAAGAUCCUCACUGAUAAGCUGAAGGAGGCUGAGACCCGUGCUGAGUUUGCUGAAAGGUCUGUGGCCAAACUGGAGAAAACCAUUGAUGACUUGGAAGAGAAACUGAGAGAUGCUAAAGAGGAGAACGUCAAGAUCCAUGCCACUUUGGACCAGACCCUGAGCGAGCUCAAUAGUUUCUAAGACCUGGAGCAAAAAAAAAAAAAAAAAAGCCGCCCCUUCCCUUCCUGACACCCUCAUCUCAUUUGGCUUCUUUGUCUCUGCACAUCUGAUUCUGCUGUUUUUCUGAUCCCCUGUUCUCUCGUUUUACUGGAGGACGGGCUCACCAAGCCAACCAGCAAAAAUGUGGUGCCUCUCGAUGGUUUGAAAAGUACUUUAAUGUUUCUGGAGCACUUAUUAAGCUUCACUGCUCAUCUCCUCAGAAAAUCCCAAGUGAUUUCAGAAACAAUCUACUAUAGUGUUCCUAAAGUGUCAAAUGUUGUAUGCUAGUCCUGGGGUAGCAUUUUUUUGGGGGGGGGUUUGGUCCAUGAUCAGAGCUUUACGAUUGUGGCAAGUUUUUCCACAUAUCAGCCAAAACUCUCAAUUAUUUUUCUGGAGGGUGAUUUACUUAACAUUUUGUGCCAUAAAAGCCUUCUAGGCAGUCUAAUGCUUGGCUUUAGAUCACUCUACAGCCAUUUUUUCCUGUUGAUCAUGUGACACAGGAUGUUUUUGCUGGUCUUGGUGCCUGAUCCACUUCUCUCCUCUUACCUCUUCAUACUCUUCUCAUCCUGCACAAGUUUCUGCUGCCUGUUUGUCGGCGUCACAGGUUUUGGGACCAAAACCACAUCAUGUGGUCUGUAACAGUAUGCACAACCAUGCCGUGAGGGCCAUUGUUUUUUUUUUUUUUUGUUUUGUUUUUUUUUAUUAAAGGCAUUUGCUUCCAUUUUGGAGUUUUGAGUAAUAUAUGUAUUCAUUGUUUGGGUUUAAUCCCCCUUCAUUUUAACACAAAACUUUUGGCAAACCACUAUAUGAAACUCUGCACUGUUAUGGGCUUAUUGUGGACAUCUUUUGAGCAGAGGAGGCCAAGUCAUAAUUCCUUCAUUCACUCUGGUGGCCUGUUUUGUUAUUUUUCUUUUUUUAUUUGUUUGCUUUAAAGAGCCAUAUUCUACCCAGGGAAGAAAGGGUGAAGAUUAAGUUUUUUAACCGUGGGUUCAAAGAAGUGGCACUGCGAGAUUCGAAAGGUCCAAAAGCCGUGCAGAUCUAAAUAUGUAUUAUGAACACAGUAAAUGGGAGCAAAAAGUAACACUUAAUAGUAUAAAGAUUAAAAAUGGGUGAACACAUAGUUUUAACUGGAAAAAGCCCACAAUGAUGUGUAAUCACUUUGUUACUGUCUAUAUCUUGUGUAAUGAUACCUAAAUUCUUUUUUAAAUAAAGACCAUGAUUUUUACUGUCACCGAA